AUGGGUGUUUUAUCAACUGGUCGUCCAUUGACUUGGAAAGAAAUUGUCGAAGUUCGAACAUUAUUAAAAAACGAUGCGUGUAAUGAUUUAAUUAAAAUCUUCAGAAAACAUUCACAAAGAAAAAACGAUCCAUUUUUAUGGGGUGAUGAAAUCGAAUAUUCGUUAGUUCGUUUUGAUCAUGAAAAUCAACGUGUUCAAUUAUUACUCAAAGCAGAUGAACUUUUAACAAAAUUAAAUGAAAAUUUGGAUAAAGAAAGUUGUCCAGUUGAAUUUCAUGCUGAAGAUUGUAAUUUUGUUAUUGAAGGAAUUCCAUCAAUUCCAUAUUCAUCGGAAAUCUCUUCAUUUCCUCUCGUAGAAACCAAUAUGAAAUUGAGACGUGAAAUUGUCCAACGAUUUUUGAAUCCAAAUGAAUUCAUUUUGACAUUUUCGGCAUUUCCGAGAUUGGGCUGUUUACAUUGUACUUAUCCAGAAUAUGAAAGUGAUCCUUUGAAUAGUUUCGAAUAUUCAUUAACUUGUUCGGAUUAUUACAAAACACCAGAAUAUCCGAGAACAAUGUUUUUGAAUAAAAAUGUCAUCGAACGUCGUCAAGGCAAAGUUUCUGUGAAUGUUCCAAUCAUGAAAGACACGAACACAUCGGAUCCAUUUGAAGAUGAUUUAUCUUCUUAUGGAGUUGAAAAUUGGCAAAAAUAUGUUGAAACUCGUCAAAUCAAUCAUAUUCAUUUAGAUUCAUCAUCAAUCGGUUGGGGUUGUUCGUGUUUACAAGUCACUCUCCAAGCAUCUUCAUUUCACGAAAGUCUUCUGCUCUAUGAUCAAUUGAUUCCACUCACACCGAUUUUCUUAUCGUUGAGCACAUCGUGUCCAAUUUGGCGAGGCUUUUUAAGUGAAGUUGAUAGUCGAUGGAAUAUUUUAAUUUUCUCGAUAUGCAUCAAAAUUUAUGAGAAAUUAAUUGAAAAUAAUUGUCCAUCAAUUGUUGCUAAACAUUUUGCACAUUUAUUUAUUCGUGAUCCACUUUAUGUCACAGAUCAACAAGUCAAUUUUGAAUCAAAUUCUUCGAUAAAUCUUUUUAAAUUCGAAAAUCAUAAUUCAAUGAUUUGGAAUUCUCUUCGAUUUAAACCUCCAGUAACUGAUGAAAUGACAUCAUUGGGAUGGAGAAUUGAAUUUCGUCCAAUGGAACUUCAAAUAACUGAUUUCGAAAAUGCGGCGUUGUCUGUCUUCUUAAUUUUAUUAACUCGAUCGAUUUUAUCAUUUGAAAUUGAUUUACGAAUUCCUAUUUCAUUAAUUCAUGAAAAUAUGCAACGAGCACAAGUGAAAAACACAAUUGAACAAAUGAAAUUUUAUUUUCGAAAACAAAAUCACAUCUGUGAAAUGACAAUCGAUGAAAUUAUCAAUGGUUCAGAAAAUUAUUUCGGUUUGAAAUCUUUAGUUUUAAAUUAUUUAAAUUCAUUUGAAGACAUUGACAUUUCAACACGACAGACGAUUAAUGAAUACAUCGAAUUUCUUUCUCAACGUGCCAAAGGAGAUCUGUUGAGCAAUGCCAUGUGGAUGAGAAAAUCUAUUGACACUCAUCCUUUGUAUCAACAUGAUUCAAUUGUCAAUGAACAAAUUCAAUAUGAUUUAUUUCGUCAAAUUGAACAAAUUGCAAAUCAGAAACAAUUAAAUCUUUCUCAUCUCAUUUCAAAUUAA